GAGGAGCAGCAGCGGCGCCUCCACCGCCUCGAACGCCGGGGGUGGUGCGUGGGGGGGACGGAGGAGCCCCGAUGCCGGGGGAGACGGAAGAGCCGAGACCCCCGCAGCAGCAGCAGCAGCAGCAAGAAGAGGGAACGAAGGCGACUCCGGAGGAGCCCUCGGAGGCGGCGGCCACCACGAGCAGCCGCGUGCUGAGAGGAAGUCGGGAUCGCAGCCGGGCCGCUGCUGCAGCCGCCGCCGCCGCCGCUGCCGCCGUCUCCCGCCGCAGGAAGGCCGAGUAUCCCCGCCGGCGCAGGAGCAGCCGCAGCCCCAGCGCCAGGCCGCCCGCACCCGACGCCAGCAAGCCCCCGUCGCCGGCGCAGGGCGGCAAGAAGAGUCCGCGGCUCGGGUGUGUGGAAAAAGUAGCUGAUAAAGAUCCAAAAGAAGAGAAAGAGGAAGAAGAUUCUACCUUCUCUCAGGAAGUUUCCAUUGCUGCAUCUAGACCUAGUCGAGGCUGGCGCAGUAGUAGCAGGACAUCUGUCUCCCGGCAUCGCGACACAGAGAACACUCGGAGCUCUAGGUCCAAGACUGGUUCGUUGCAGUUCAUCUGCAAGUCCGAACCAAAUACAGAUCAGCUUGAUUAUGAUGUUCCAGAAGAACAUCAGUCUCCAGGCGCCAUUAGUAGUGAGGAGGAGGAGGAAGAAGAAGAAGAGAUGUUAAUUAGUGAAGAGGAAAUUCCAUUCAAAGAUGACCCAAGAGAUGAAACCUACAAGCCCCACUUAGAAAGGGAAAACCCAAAGCCACGAAGAAAAUCAGGGAAAGUAAAAGAAGAGAAAGAGAAGAAAGAAAUUAAAGUGGAAGUUGAGGUAGAAGUGAAAGAAGAAGAUAAUGAAAUUAGGGAGGAUGAGGAACCUCCUAGAAAGAGAGGAAGAAGGAGAAAAGAUGACAAAAGUCCUCGUUUACCGAAAAGGAGGAAAAAGCCUCCAAUCCAGUAUGUCCGUUGUGAGAUGGAAGGGUGUGGAACUGUUCUUGCUCACCCUCGCUAUUUGCAGCAUCACAUUAAAUAUCAGCAUUUGCUAAAGAAGAAAUAUGUGUGCCCCCAUCCUUCCUGUGGCCGACUCUUCAGGCUCCAGAAGCAACUUCUGCGGCAUGCCAAACAUCAUACAGAUCAAAGAGAUUACAUCUGUGAAUAUUGUGCUCGAGCCUUCAAGAGUUCCCACAAUUUGGCGGUGCACCGCAUGAUUCACACUGGCGAGAAGCCGUUACAAUGCGAAAUCUGUGGAUUUACUUGUCGGCAAAAGGCAUCCCUUAAUUGGCACAUGAAGAAGCAUGAUGCAGACUCCUUUUAUCAGUUCUCUUGCAAUAUCUGUGGCAAAAAAUUUGAGAAGAAGGACAGUGUAGUGGCUCACAAAGCAAAAAGCCACCCUGAGGUGCUGAUUGCUGAAGCUCUGGCUGCCAAUGCAGGCGCCCUCAUCACCAGCACAGAUAUAUUGGGCACUACCCCAGAGUCCCUGACACAACCUGCAGACGGUCAGGGUCUUCCUCUUCUUCCCGAGUCCUUGGGAAAUUCCACCUCUGGAGAGUGCCUGCUGCUAGAAGCUGAAGGAAUGUCAAAGUCAUACUGUAGUGGGGCAGAACGGGUGAGCCUGAUGGCCGACGGGAAGAUCUUCGUGGGAAGCGGCAGCAGCGGGGCCACUGAAGGGCUGGUCAUGAACUCGGACAUACUCGGUGCUACCACAGAGGUUCUGAUUGAAGACUCAGACUCUACUGGACCUUAGUGGAAAGGAAGACUUUGGGCACUGGGACAGCUCUGACUUUGUAUUUAAAGAUAAAAAGGACAAAAAAAAAUUUAAAGCAUUUAAUAUCUAGUAAAAUAACUGAAGGGCCUGCUCUUUCCAUUGUGGAUCACAGUACACACACAUACAUCCAGCCGUCUUCUCCCUCUGUCGUCCCCUCUAUAAAAUUGAUGUUGCCUUUACCAGAAAGGUAGGUGAAAAAAAAGCAGUUCUUAGUGACGAUUCUCCUUAUAUGCAAUUCCAGCUGAGCAGACUUCUGCUCCUCAGCAAAUUCCCUUUUCCGACAUGUAACUUAUGUGCUCGGGAUCAGCUUUUAACUCUUACUAGUAUAUUCCUGGACUCUCGGCCCCUUCUCCUUUACUGCUGCCCUAUGGUCUGGCUUCUAUCCAUUGCAGCAUACCUAACCCCCAAAGUAUCAUACAGUUCUAAUCUCUGGAGGCUGGCAGCUUGACUUGGCACUUUAGGGCCCCUUAGCAAGGUGAGCUGGUAAAACAGCACAUGUCUCUUACCCUCUUUUCCUUGACUACCCAUUGAGUUUGGGAAAAGGAGGAUACAUGGGGACCACCUUUCUCCUCUCUGACCCCUGCACUUGCCCCCCUCACCCUGCUCCAACUUUUCCAUAACGGUUCUCAAUGGUGCUCACUUGCUCGGAAACAGGCUCCCACCAUAGAGGGGGCUGCUCCCUACCUGGUCUUUGUGACCAUGGACAGGGCUCUGUAUCAGUGAGACAAGUCCCAGACUAAAGACAGAAAUUUGCACUUUGAACAUGUGUGUUUUGUGUUGUGGAACCUGAGAUUCCUUAUUUAUUAAUGGAAAGUAAUUUGAUUAUUUGACUUUUUUUUUUGUCUUCGUUGCUAUUAUUUUGUGGGGCUGGGAGAAUAUUCAGUUAUUCUGUCAUUUCCAUAAGAAGUACUUUUGAAGGCAAAAUAUAGGGUUGAAGAAGCAUAACCAGCCUCUCAAAUCAUAUCUCUCCAGUGGCCUUUAAAGAAAGCUGGUCCUCAGCACUAACAAAAUCACUACAGUAGUCUAGUGUUCUUUUUUUUUUUGGAAGCCUUUUUAGCAAAGGAUGUUAGGUUUGUGGUAUUUAGUGCUCUGAGUUCUCUGAGCAUUGAGAUUUAGGGAUUUUAUGGGGGUGAGAAGGGUUGUUUGUUCAGGGUCUGGAUAACAUAUAAAAGAUUUUCUCUGGUGAACUUAUUUUUGGUUUAGAUCCCAUCGCAGAUCUUAGUGACCCUACUUUUUUUGUUUUGUCCUUUUACUUUUUGUUUUUGCUUUGCUUUAUCAUUGGUUCAUUCCAACGCCCAAUUAGUGAGGAUUACUGCUAUUAGUGAAGGAAUGGUCUGAGUCAACAGUUUUAAGUCCCCCCCCAAAUGCCUCUGCUUUGUUUUCCUUUUAAUUACCUCAGAAGAGGAAAGGCUUCAAUUGACAAAAAAGGAAGACAUUUGUUUAUGAUUUGGCUGUCACCUGAAAUUCAUAAGAUAUUGCUGCUUCAUUUUUCUUAAGAUAGAUUUAUGGGUGGGUUGCUUAUUAUGCCUGGGAGAGACUUGUUCAAACUUAUAACUCAAAAAAUGUAAAAAUCUAUUUUGCUCAUUUUGGGGGGGCAUUAGAAGGGCAAUUUCUAUUCUUUAUAUCUCAGAAACUGGAAUUAAAGGCUUACCCUAUUCAUUGUUAGAAAUGUAUGAUGGCUUCUGGAAAGAAUGAAGUUUUCCUGAGACAAAAUAAGGAACAGCUUGUUUUUCACAAACACUAAAACUGCAAAAUUUGUUCAUUUUCUUUUGAUUUAUUUUUUGGUCCAAAAAGCGGGACAGCAAAAUGUCAUUUCUGAAAGAGGCUUACUUUACACCCACUAGUGUCGGUGGAUGAACUCCAAGAAAUAGGGAGUAAAACACCUACAUUGAAAGUCAAACGCACUAUUGUUUCUUUUUAGAGGAUUGCAGAUUUGCCAUCCCUCCAGUGUGGGGGGAGAAAUUGGAGUAAAAAUCAAAAAGUAUAGCUUUCCUGUCUACAAUAAGGAUUUGGAGUUGACUUUGGUUUGUUGGGUUAAUUUGACAAUAUUAUAAGGAAUGAUUGACUAGAUCUACAACAAGUUGUUCCACUCCAAUAAAAGUCCAUUUUGUGCUAUUGAAUUAGCUAGCAUCUAUACCUCACAUUUAGCCCUGGCUUGUCGAAUUUAUUCCCCUCCCUAUAAAUUACAUUUGCAGUGGUUAGUCAUUAGUUCAGCUACCUAUACAAAAACAAACUGCAUUAAGAAAAACUGAGAUAGAAAGUGUUCUUACCUCUAUCACACUCAUCUUCCCAUCAAAAAGCAAAUAGUUCUAAUAACUAGAUAACUUUUAUUUAUCACUCCCUUUAGAGUUGUUCUGUCAUUAGCCUACAAUUCUAGCCUUUUUAGUAGGUUUUAAAAUAAUUUUCAUGAACUUAAUUUCGUUUUCUUUUGAGAAAGGGAUACCAGCAUAGUAAAGGGAUAGAGUAAGUAAAACUACUAAAUACUCUUUCUACUCGUCAGGCUAUUUUUCCAUUGACUUUUUGAUGUGCUCUUUAAUCUUAAAAAUAUGCAUUCCUAAUCUUAGGUUCUGUUGCUUUGUAUCUUCCCACCUCAUAUCUCCAUCUUGAAUUUGGCAAUUCUAAAUUCUAAAAAGUAAUUGAGAAAUAAGUCUAGUUUCUAGAUGCACUUCCAUUUGUGGUUGCCAGAGUCAUUUCGCAUUAAGAGACUUACUAGCUUCAGAGUUAGCUUAAACACUGGCCAGGAUUACUGGAAGUUUAAACAAUAUGUAGAAUAUCAUCCAUAUAAGAGCACUUGAACCUCCUUUGUACCUGUUCAGAGUAAAAAUAGAGUACUAAACCUAACUAAGGUCUUUAGUCUGGUUGGUUGAAGCACCAUUUUCUCUACUUUAUCUCCUUUCCAAUGUACUCAAAUUGAAAAAUUGUAAUGGAUCCAUUUUAUUUCUUAAAAAGCCUUUCUUGCCUGUUAAAAUGUGCAGGACCCUUCUUUUGAUGGGAGACACAGGUGGUUAGCAGCUGCCUGAAUCUAGGUUGGAAAGGUUAUGUAAGAAGAAAUUAUAAUAAUAAAAGGGAUACUCUGCUUUUCAAUUCUUUUGUUUUCUCUUCAUCUAAAUAAGGCAUACUCAAAAUAAAUCUGUAAAGAAGAAAAAUAAAAGUCUUCAUGGAA